UACAAAUCAAGAAACAAUAUAAUUCAGAAAAUUAUAAUAAUAAAAAGAGAGAGAGAGGCUCAAUCAAAAGCACCAACCAAAGUUACACCGACUUCUUCUUCUAAUCACAAACACAAACCAAAGAGAGAAACAACAAGAAAGCAAGAAAGAAACAGAGCUUCAACAGGCAUGGGAGAAAAAGAGAAGAAAAGCAAGAAGAAGAAAAAUAAAGAUAGCAAAUCCUCGCCGGACAUCUCCUUCAAACCCUCCUCCGACGUUAAAGGUCUGAAGUUCGGCGGCCAGAUAAUAGUCAAAUCAUUCACAAUACGGCGAGCAAGAACACUCGAGCUCCUAAAACUCCUCUCCCUCCCUUCUCCCUCAUCACCUCCGCUUCUUUCCACGGCGGCGUAUAUUCCGACAAACUUCACGAUCUUAGCUCACCAAGCAUGGCACACACUGACCCUCGGACUAGGAACAAGAAAUUCCAAAGUAGUGGUCUUCGUGUUCGAAUCCGAGGCGAUGAAGACGGCGGUCGCGGCGGCGGAUGGAGGAUUAUGGCCGUCGGAGAUUCCGCUCGGUGAAGUGAACAAGAAGAUGAUUAGAAAGUUAAAGAACUGGGAGAUGGCGAGGUUCAAGUUCAGGAAAGGAUGCUUAACGUUUUACGUCUACGCCGUGAGAAACGCCGGAAGUGAAGGUUUUGCGGCGGCGGAGGACUUAAAGGUAAUUUUACAGGCGGUGGUGGCUUUGAAAGACUUCAUGGAUCACACGGCGAUGCUAGUAAUGCCCCACCAGAAAGCUAUUAAUUACAGUUCUUGCCCUCCUUUUGCCAUGGCUCACUAGUAUAAUUGAACUGGCCCUCUUCUUUUUCAUUAUUUUUGACUUUUUUUUAAUUUUCAAUAUACAAAAAAAUAGUUUUUAUUAUUAUUAUUUAUUUUUGAUUCCCUAAUGAAUUGUGAUCAAGGAUUGUUAUUAAUAUGGUUUUUGGGUGGAAGAAUUGUUUGAAUAAGAUCAAGACUGUUUGCGUUGGA